AUGAUAACAUCUAUAGAUUUGAUACACGAAUUGCUUACAACAAUAUACAAAAGCAUUUUCUCCCGAAAUAGAAAAGACAUCCUAAAAUAUGACGUACUACUGUACCUAGAUGAUUACUACUAUUUUGACAUAUUAAAAAGCGUGAGCGAAGAUAUAAAGGAGUUAGAUCCGGAGUCCUGUAUAAUAGAGAAUGAUAAAGAUUUUAACAAUAUCUUUACUCAAUUCUGCGAGUGCAGAAAUUACAUUAUUAAAGAUAAAGUAUAUUCAAAUGAUAAUGAAAAAAGAAUAGAUUUUCUGCACGAAAUUUUAGCUGACUUGUUAUGUUUACUAUAUCAUAAUGGGAAAGAGAAGAGGGAUAAGAAGAUGAAGGGCUCAGACAAAAUCAGAAGCAUUACAAAGAGGGGACAUCUAGAAAAGGGCAAUAUGAACUGGGAGAAAAUAAAACAGGAAUUAGUACAAAUUGAAAAUUUGACAGAAGAAAAAGGUAAUGUAAUUUCUUCUGGAUUUGAAUUAACCUCUACUCAUGAGCUCACAGGGAAGAGGAAAGAAAAUGAAUACUUGGAUGAGAAGUACCUAAAGCACAUUUUACACAUUCAAAGUAAAAGCAUGCAAAAUGAAGAUAUAAUAAUUAAACAAAAAAUAAAUAAAGAAACAGAAGAAAUAUUAAAAAAAUUAAUAGAAAAAUAUAAUAACGAAUAUGAAUUGAGAUAUUAUUACUUAUUUUUAAAUCACUACAUGACAAUGCAAACCAUGUUCAUGUCUCCUCUAAUCAAUUUGCAUUCUGACGAGAUGAAAAGUAUAGUUUCUAAAAUUAUUCAAAUUAAAAAUAUGAUAUAUCAACCCAUAACUAUAUACGAUGUGUUAUCCUUUCAGUAUGACAAUAUUGAAUUCUAUAAAAGUUCCUACAUGAAUUUAAUAACGCCAGUUAAAAAAAUAAAAAUUGUAGGAGACACAAUUGAAAGAGGGGGAAUUCCAACUGAAUUUUCAAAGAGAGUGAUUAUGAAAGAUGUGAUUAGUGCAAAUAUAUCCUUGAAAGAAAAGUAUAGCAAAGUGAAGCGUCAAAAUGAGGCAAAUUUCGGGGGGAGAUACAAGGCACGAAAUUACUACGAUACCUCGGGGAGGUAG